AUGGGAACCUUCACUCGGAUGGCGCAUUCCGGCGUCCUCGCCAACCCGGCCGUCGCGCUCGGUUUCUCCGCAUUGUCGCUGUUGCUGCUGGUAAUUGUGCUCUUGUCUGUUCCUGGCCCCAUCAAGGGGCUUUACUGGUUCUCAGUUGAAGGAGAGCAGUCGGGGCAGGGUAAGAUGACCGUGGGUGUGCUCGGGUGGUGUUUGACCGAGACUGCAAACUGUACCUACGCUCCUCUGUCCGACAACAAAUACCUCACCACCAUGAUUGAUGCCGGUCAGGCCUUGACAGUCCGGAUCAUGCUCCCUCUCGCGUGCUACUGGGCAAUCAUCACCCUCAUUGCAUGGGGCGCCCUCGCCGGAACCGCCAACAUCGGGUACGUCAUCAAAGACCUCGACUCUAUCCGCCACCACUUGUACUAUGCCGUCCUCGAGGCGUGUGUCCUGUGCGUCACGCUGUUCGGGAAUGUGCUGUGCUGGCUCGCCUUUGGGCUGGGUCGGGACGCCUACAUGAGUGUCAAGCGGGGCGGGGGGUUGCCCAAGUCCGGUCAGGCCAUGGAGACUACCGCCGUGGCAGCGAUGAUCUCCCUCUUUGCCCUCUUCACCGCCUUCUGGGGUCUGCAUCUCCGGCUCACCGCCGCGCAGGCAGAGUGGAAGAAAGAGGCCAUCAUGGUCCGACGCCGAUCUAUGGCCCUCUCCGCCAGCGGAAUCCCGCACGACGGGAUGGGCAACCGCUUGUCCGUCACUAUGCCCGCUGGGGAGAGCAGCACCGCGGUGGGAUCCGAUGUCAAUGCGUAUGGAGAGGAGAGGUGGUCCAACCAGAGUGGCGCGGCGGGGUAUUAUGGUGCGGAGCCGGUCGGGAGGCGGUCGAGCGUCAUGAAGGACGGAGUGGGGAUGGAGGACGAGGAAGAGCGGCUCGAGGCGGAUUUGGCGACGGCGAGGCGGAACUCGAGGGAGCAUGCCAUCUUGCAGAGGGCUUCCAUGCUCUCGCCCAAUGACUCGCCUUACGCUGCCGCCACUCAGGUCCCGCCUCCUGCUGCGCAGCGUCAGUAG